CGCCCUCUGCCCGGCCCGCCGCGCGCGAGCCCACUGACGGCUCCGGUCCCAGCCAGGCCCAGCGCGUCCCCGCCCGCCGCGCUCUGAAGACCCGAAAACCAGGCUAAUUUUGCCCUGGGUUGGCAACUUGGGCUUGAGGGCCUUCAAGAAGGGGCCCUCAAGCGGGUGUCAGGAGGGCCCUCCGCUCACGCUUGCCACUUCCUUUGACCUCCUCUUCGUCUUAACUCCUCAGCCCCUUGUGCCACCUUUCCCCCUUUUGGGGGAUGCCGCAUCUGCUCUUUGUGGGGUGUUGCUUAGCCUUCUAGCCCCGGGCACCGCUUGCUGGUCUUGGGAGGGUCUUCCAUUCUCGACCCCGCAGAUCCUCUUCCGCAGAGAACUUCUUGGUCCUGAUGUCUGACCAUGGAGAUGUGAGCCUUCCGCCCGAAGACCGGGUGAGAGCCCUGUCCCAGAUGGGUAGCACAGUGGAGAUAAAUGAAGACAUUCCACCCCGACGGUACUUCCGCUCUGGAGUCGAGAUUAUCCGAAUGGCAUCCAUUUACUCUGAGGAAGGCAACAUUGAACAUGCCUUCAUCCUCUAUAACAAGUAUAUCACGCUCUUUAUUGAGAAGCUCCCAAAGCAUCGAGAUUACAAAUCGGCUGUCAUUCCUGAGAAGAAAGACACAGUAAAGGUGGGUCUUCACUUUCACUGUUGCCCAUCGAAAAGCUUCAAAGCAGCACAGACUCACUUCAAGAAGUUAAAGGAAAUUGCAUUUCCCAAAGCAGAAGAGCUGAAGGAAGAGCUAUUAAAACGAUAUACCAAAGAAUAUAUAGAAUAUAAUGAAGAAAAGAAGAGGGAAGCGGAAGAACUCGCCCGGAAUGUGGCCAUCCAGCAGGAGCUGGAGAAGGAACGGCAGAGGGUGGCGCAGCAGAAACAGCAGCAGUUGGAACAGGAGCAGUUCCAUGCCUUUGAGGAGAUGAUCCGGAACCAGGAACUGGAAAAGGAGCGGCUGAAAAUCGUGCAAGAGUUUGGGAAGGUGGACCCUGGCCUAGGCGGGCCUCUGGUGCCGGACUUGGAGAAGCCCUCCCCAGACAUAUUCCCCCCAGCACCUGUCGCAUCUGCACAGCCUGCGGACUGUAAUACAGCUGUAAGGCCUGCCAAGCCACCUGUGGUAGACAGGUCCUUAAAACCUGGAGCAUUGAGCAACUCAGAAAGUACUCCUACAAUCGAUGGACUGCGCCAUGUGGUGGUACCUGAAAGGCUCUGUCCACAGUUUCUCCAGCUAGCCAGUGCCAACACAGCCCGAGGAGUGGAGACAUGUGGAAUUCUCUGUGGAAAACUGAUGAAGAAUGAAUUUACCAUUACCCAUGUUCUCAUCCCCAAGCAGAGUGCGGGGUCUGAUUAUUGCCACACUGAGAAUGAAGAAGAGCUCUUCCUCAUACAGGAUCAACAGGGUCUUAUCACACUGGGCUGGAUCCAUACUCAUCCCACACAGACUGCCUUCCUCUCCAGUGUUGAUCUACACACUCAUUGCUCCUACCAGAUGAUGUUGCCGGAAUCAAUAGCCAUUGUUUGCUCCCCCAAGUUCCAGGAAACUGGAUUCUUUAAAUUAACUGACCAUGGACUAGAAGAGAUUUCUUCCUGUCGCCAGAAAGGAUUUCAUCCACACAGCAAGGAUCCACCUCUCUUCUGUAGCUGCAGCCACGUGACUGUUGUGGAUAGAGCAGUGACCAUCACAGACCUUCGAUGAAAAUUUGACUCAAACACCUCCCAAGAACUAUAAAACCAUAUCAGUGUACUGUAGCCUCUUAAUUUAAACUUUCCAGAAAACUCUGGAAGCUUUUUUAGACAGAAUUGAAAGUGAGUAUAACCUGGGGGAGAACUAAUUUUUCUGUUUCUGGUUUAAAAAGAAAUAAUUGGCUGUACUUUUUAGGCAAGUGUGGAAAAUGGCAUGAUAAUGCUAAGACAACUCUUCAGUUUAUCUGUAAUGAAAAAAUUAAGUUGAAAGAAUGGUAUAAUGAAUACUUAUCUAUGCCCUUUGUUCUUGAUUCACCAGUUGUGUUAAUAUUUUUUUCCCCUCUAAUCUAUCCUAAUUUCUCCACCAAUAUGUUUGUUGUUUACCUUUGGAAUUAUUAAGGGCAUCUAUGUAGAAAUUGGGAAGCCAUUUAGAAAAUCUUUGGGUUUUCCUGUGGUUUAUGCCAAUAUUAAUGAAGCUUAUUACAAGGGUGAGGGAUGGCUCACUAUGUCUGACGAGAUGGUGAGGCUCAAAAACCCUGAAGAAUGAUUUUUGUCAGGAAGUAUUGUUAUUUAACAAAUAUUACAGGAUAUUUUUUCCUCUACAAUAAAAUAACAAUUAACAUAU